GCCGACCGCCACUAUGGCGGGCCGGCGACCAUCUUCUAGCAAUGGCCACCACUCUCCCUCAUCCUCGAAGCUUCAACGACAUAGCUAUCAAGGGCGACUACAAACCAGCGACGAAAUACAAAGGCCAACCGGCUAUAUCCUUCUCAGAUGAAGAAAUCAUCAAUUUGUCUGCUAGGUUUGUUUGCACAAUCGUGGGUCGAUUCACCAAGGGUAGACCAUGCCUAAUCUCAAUCCAUAAGGCCUUUGAACGAAUUGCUUUUGAAAACGAGUUUAUUGUAAGUUUGCUAGAUGAAUCUCACAUCUUAAUUAAUUUCGAAUAUGAGAAUGACUUUCUGCGAUGCUUGCUGCGAAAAUACUGGAAGAUUAAUGGCUUUAUUUUGAAAGUGUUCCGUUGGACUCAUGAUUUUGAUCCAAAUAUUGAUUCCCCAUUGAUUCCAGUUUGGAUUAGUCUUGAAGGUCUUCCCAUUCAUUUUUUUGAUUCUCUGGCUUUAUAUUCAAUUGCCAAUUUGAUUGGUAAACCACUGAAAACUGAUGCUGCAACAGCAAACCUGUCAAGGCCAUCUAUUGCACGUAUUUGUGUUGAGGUUGAUACCAGUGAGGAACUGCCCCAUGGUGUCUGGAUACAUCUUGGACAACUUACUUUUCAUCAACCUAUCCACUAUGAAGAUCACCCUGGAUACUGCCCCUCUUGCAAAUCCUUUGGACACAAAAAAUGCAAAAAAGCCACAAAAUCCUCUAAAUGGGUGGUGAAGGAAUUGCCAGGGACUGGGAAUACAGCUCUUGCUGUAGCUGUCCCUCUGUUGCAAACGGUGGACACCACCUUAAAACUUGUGGCAAAACAAGUUGAUGGUCAGAAUCAGGAUGGUGCUAAUGAAAAUGAUACCACUUCUGUAGAAACAAAUUCUCCUGCUCAGGUUGAAACAAAUUUGAUUCAAUCUGAUCAAAAAUCUGAGGCAAUUAAUCUAGAACAGAUACUAGAACCUGGAGCUGAAACCCUUGAAAUAGAUCAUGAGGUACAAUCUGCAAGCGACACGUAUACAAGUUAUUCCAUUCUGAGUGACCUUUGUUCAUGGUUUAGGACAUUUUGGUGGCUAAUUGAUCUUAGUUGUAAUUUGGCAGGGAAUACAUCCCAGGGGCGUGUUUGCAGCCUUGACAGUGUUAGAACAUCUAUUGCCCAGUGUGCCAGGGUUUGUGCGUUUUGAAAAACAAAAGGUGUGUUCUUUAAUAUUAUUUUUUUGCUUUUUAAAAAGUGGACUCUUCAUUUGACUCAUUAGCAAACAGUUCAAAGUCUGAUUUUUUUAAAAUAUUAAAACUACACUUUUUCUUUGAAGAUUUGCCAUUGGUGUUGUGUUCAAAUGGUUUGUUUAGUUGAAUAUUUGCAAGAUCAUCAUAUUCACUUGUAUAAGACGUAAGGUAAGGAAUAUUAACACCACAGCCUCCUCUUAUAAUUGGGUCUCGGACUCUGGGUU